GUGAAGCAAAAGGUAUAUUUGAAAUACCAAUCUCUGAAAUUGUGAAGCAAAAGGUGUUAAUUUUAUAUUAUCAAAAGUUAUGGAAAAUUUAAACACAUCAUCAUCAACUAGCUGGUUAUCUGAUUUGAUGUUGGAUGAAAUGGAAAUGGAGGGUUGUGAUUUGUUCCGACAAAAUUUGUUUGAUGAUGAAGAUUUAUUCUCAGAUGACAUAGCAAGUGUUCUUCAACAUCAACAACAACAACAACCUUUGUCUUGUGAAAGCUAUGUUUCUUAUCCUUUAGAAAGAUCCAACAAGAAGUUGAAAACCAAAAACACUUUGCAAGAUAUUUCAAAUUCCCAUGUUUCUUCUCAUUCCUCCACCACUAAUUCUCAAAUUUUGUCUUUUGAGAACACAACCACUACUCACUUUCAUGCUUUUGAUUGUACCUUAAACACAAAACAUAAUAAUAAUAAUAAUAAUAAUAAUAAAGGUCAUAUCAUAGCAGAGAGAAAGCGAAGAGAGAAACUUAACAAGAACUUAAUUGCUUUAGCUGCUCUUAUUCCUGGAUUAAAGAAGAUGGACAAGGCUUCAGUGCUGGGAGAUGCUAUAAAGUACAUGAAAGAGCUCCAAGAACGUUUGAAGGUAUUAGAAGAACAGAAUAAGAAUAGUACUGUUGAGUCUGUACUGACGGAAAACGAGCCGCAGCUAAUUUAUGAGUCUGUAGCGACGGACAAAAAACCGCGGGUAAUUCAUGAUUCAUGGAGUGAUGAUGGUUCUGAAUCCCUCUCGCAUGUGGAUGCCAGAGUUUUGGACAAAGAUGUUCUCAUGAGGAUUCUCUGCCAAAAGCAAAAGGGUGUUUUGAUCAAAUUAUUGGACGAGAUUCAAAAGCUUCAUCUCUUGGUUGUUAAUAGCAGUGUCCUAUCUUUUGGAGGUUCUACUAUCAACAUAACCAUUGUUGCUAAGUCCACAUGAUUUUGCAGAUGGAAACGGGGUACAACUUGACCAGAAAUGAUCUUGUAAAAAACCUACGGGUUGCUGCAUUGAAAUCCUUGUCGUAAUUGUUGUAAUGUGAACAAAAGUGUGGUCCCUGUGGUGGGUGCAAAAAGCAACAAUAAUUAGUCAUAAACAUGCAUGUGCCUAGACACUGGUUAACUCAUAGUAGUUUGAUUCAAUGUUGAUGGUAAAUAUGAAUCAAUAUAUGAUAUUUUCUAUUGUGUCCUGGCCCCCUCAUCUAUUGACUUAUCAAGUAUCACCCAUUUAUUUUAGCAUGUUUCAUUUGCCCUA